AUGGAUGUGUAUGGAAAUUAUAAAAACUCAUCAUCAUUAGCAUUGCUGACACUUGUUAUUCUGCUGAUGAUUUGUAUGCAUGUGUCCUCAGCAGCCAGAGAUCCUCUACGUACAAUUGUUAAAUUCACCGAUAUGCGUUGCAGAGCCACAGCACCGCAAUUAAUGUACUUUAAAGAGUGUACUCUGAAGCGUGAUGAGAAUAUAACGAAAGCCAUCACAUUGUGUCGCAUUUACGAUAAACCAUUGAAACAGGUUAAGCUCAAUGUUCGGGGCUAUCGUAAACGCAAUGUUGGUUACGUUCCCUUUGUACUUGAUCUAACAUUGGACUGGUGUGAUUUUUUGAAAAAUCGCAAUAAUAUAGUUCUGCAGAGUAUGUUUGGUUUGUUAGAGAAAGAAUCCAAUCUCAAUACCACGUGUCCCAUAUAUUUAGAUUACACUUACAUGAAUGCCAGCAUGGACAAUAAUGGAGUAUUUGCUAUACCCUUCAAAUGGCCUACAGGAGAUUAUCGUUUUGAUAUAACUAUAGAUGCUAAUGAGGAAAUUCGUUUAAUUGUAAAUGCAUUUUUUAGUUUAAGACGAUAA